AUUCGAAACAUAAAGGAGCACUUCACCACAAUAUUAUUGAUCUUCAUCAUUUCAACACACACUUCAGUUUCUACAAGUGAAUCAUGAUGGAAACCAGUUUUAUCACUAAUAAUUAAUGAUGUUAUUUCUAGAUUUUAACAGCACGCAGGAAACUGCUCAAAGACAGAAGUAAAAGCAUCAGUAAAACACUUGUGUGCAAAAGGAGAGAAUAGCUUAUAAACUGUGUUGAGAGCAGAUGUGUGGUUGACAGAAUGCACUUUAUCACACUGAAGAACAUGUUUCACACAAUCUAAAGCAGCACUUCUUCAUAAUGCACAGACAUAUAGUGCAGAUCUAGAAGAAUUUCAACACUCAGAUCAGAGGAAGUUAAAACCACAGGAGGAGCUGAGAGUAUUUAAAGAAAGAGUUGAGAGCAAAUGAUGAAGAGAAAGAGAAAAUGUCUGAGUGUCAUCUGUGUCUGCUGGGACUGAUCGCUCUCUCUUCACUUCUCACAGGCAUCAGUGGAGAGGAUGAUGUUCAUGUGUUCAUCAGUUCUGGUGAAGAUGUCCGUCUGCCCUGUAAUAAUGCUCCUAAUAAUGCUCUUCCUCGCUGUAACUCAACUACAUGGAACUAUAACAGACAUUCAGAAACAGUUGAACUGAUUAGUUUAGGUAUAAAGAGGAAAGACACAGAGAGACAGAAGAGACUGAGUCUGGGGUCUGACUGCUCUCUGAAGAUCAGGAACAUCUCAACAGAAGAUUAUGGAUCUUACACCUGCCAACAAUGGACUGGUGUGGAUGGAAAACCACUAAGACCUGAUGCUGGCGUUUAUCUGCAUGUUCUUCAUGUCUCACAGACUCAGAUCAGUUCAGAUCUCUCUGUGUCUCUCUUCUGUCGGCUGUAUUCAUAUCCUCGAGUCUCUUGUGAUGAAUGGAUCAGUUCUGAGGGAAUUCAUCUGUUCUGGGUGAAUCGGGCUGGUGUUAAACUGAAUAUAUCAGACUCCAGAUAUCAGAGAUCAUCCUCAUCAGAUCUCUGUAUCAUCUCUCUGACUACAACACUCCUGAAUGAAGAUCACAACAGAGAGUGGAGAUGUAAUGUUACUCAGGGAGAUAAAGUCAAGGCCUCAGCCAAAUUCACUGUCGAGAGUUCAGGUGAGAAAACAUCUCCUCUAUCAGUGUUAGACUCUCAUAAUGUUAACAUUAAAGACUGUUUGUGCCAAAAACUGAGGAACUAAAGCUUCUUUCAGUCUGACAGAAGAAACUCAAAGCACUUCUGCAAACUAAUGAACUGUAGUUGAGUUUAACAGCUCAAGAUCUGCUGCUGGGAACGAAGGAAAUGAAACUUUUAACUUUUAAUGUAAUGUGAUCAAAGUUAUAAUAUGAUUGUCAUAUUCUGCGUCUGGGGUUUUCUCAUGUUUUAGAUCCAGGGACCAAAACUUCCCGAAGCUCCUGAUAAUUACAGCAGAGUUUAAGACUAAAGUUAAUGUGUGCGAGUGUUGAACAUAAUGUGCUUGUUUUAUUGUACAAACGCUCCACAUUAUAUUAUACUGUAUUCUCCAGAAAAUAAGACUCAACUGGUCAAACUUGAUAGAAAACAACAAAAACAGACAAGUCUCAUCGAUGUAGAAGUCAGAUUUUAUUACAUUCAGAGGAAAUUUAACACAGUCCUAGCAGAAAAUAAAACCAGACGUUAACAAACAUUAUACAGAUGUAUUUUACUUUACUCUUAUUUAUUUUACCAAAGUAGAAGUACAUUUUUAAUCUCAGUUAUUAGCAUUCAUUUAUAAUGAGAUCAAUCAGCUAUUAUUAUAAUCUCCGAUCUGUUCUUCAUCAGUUUAUCAGUUUAUUAAUGCUUUGAUAUCUAUCAGAAGACAGUAAUCAGUUCAGAUGCGGCUCGUUGUUACACUGUUACAGUCUGCUCUUCUGUGACAUUAGAGACGUCAUUUACACGGUUUACUUUAAUGAGUUUUAAUGAGAAACCAGGAAGAACGGGUGAAUAAAGACUGACACUCAAUCUUUAAUGAUCAGAAGUGGAUUAUUAUAAGAAAUAUAAAGUAUUUUUGCUCAUUUAUGUGAACCGUCCCAAACAUGGAUUCAAUUUGUUCAUUGUCAAACUC